UAGUUGUGAUAUCAGUCAAUGAUAGUAACAUUUCGCAUACAAUUCGAAUUUGUCAUCAAAAUCUAUCGAUGAUAUUAUCAUCUUCUUUGUUUUAUAUUUUAGUCUGCAUGUUGCGUGUCAUUGUAACAAAGAUCGAUAAUAUAAUGGUCAAAACCUGAUUCAAUAGCAAUGUCAAAAUUGAACGAAAUACUGCUUUAUUUCUUAUUGACUGUCAUUGCUUCAGCCACUUUAACUGUGAUUUCUCCAGCUCCCCAUUGUAUAGUACGUGAGCAUGAUCUAGGUUUUGUACACAACUUGACGCAAUUGUCAUCAAAUAACGAAGAUAUUUUUAUUGAACAUCCUACUGAAACAAUACGUAUGCAAUUAUGUUUCCCACUGAAGAAAAAAUGUAAUAAUCAAGAUGGAUAUGCAAUAUGUUUAAUAAAAAAUGGAACUGAAAAGGGAAUAGGAAGGUUUCCUCCGCAAGUAGUAAAUGAUACCGGGAGGAUUUUAUUUAAUUAUACUGGUGAUAUUUGCUUAUCUUCAAGUAAUUAUACAGUACUUAUCCUUAUGAAAUGUGAUUAUAGUGCAAAGGAUAACUUGAGUCCUGAGUUAUUUUCAUAUAGAGAAGGAGAAUGUAAUUUAUUCAUAGUAUGGAAAACAGCAUUUGCUUGUGGACCCAGAACUCAAACAAAUUGUACAAUUGUCAAUAAUAAUCAGCAUUAUGAUUUAAGCCCUUUAACAAGGUAUUCGGACAAUUAUGUAAUUCAUAUAGGAAAUGAAACAUCACCCAAAUUAGUGCUAAAUGUCUGUCAUUCUGUAAUACGCCAACGUGGCUCUAUAUGUCCAGUUAAGACAGGAAUCUGCUUGGAUGAUCCUAAAAGAUCUAAUAGAUAUUCAAGUUUAGGUGAAGUACAAGAGUCUCCUUUCUUCACAAAUGGACGUUUGCAAAUAGAGUAUAAGAAUGGUGGAAUAUGCAGUGUACUGAGUAUUGUAACACCACACAUUAAAACAACCAUCAUAUUUAUUUGUGAUUUGGAAGCUAAAACGGAAACUACUCCAGAGUACCUUAGAGGACAAGAAGAAUGUCAUUAUCGUUUAAUAUGGCGUACUGCUGCAGCAUGCAGUGUCGAGGCUUUACGUGAUUAUAGUGCUAAAACAGCAGGCAAAUGUACUGUUACAAAUCCGCUUACAAAUUUUACAUAUAACUUGCAGCCGUUGAUGAACAAAGACUUCAUUGUUACAAGUUCAAGCGAUAUAGAAUACAAAUUCAGAAUAUGCGGAUCUCUUACGGAUAAUACAUGCGGCGCUAAAACAGGAGUAUGCGAUUCCAAACACAAUGCGUCAUUGGGUCAAGCUAAUGCUAAUUUAAUAUGGCAACAAGGUGGUCCCUAUUUAAAUUAUACCAACGGAAAAAUAUGUUCGCAAACUGGGAUGCGUCACUAUACGAUUAUCGGAUUUUUCUGUGGGCCAGAGGGAUCGACCAAUGCACCAUUUCUCAUGGAAGACAACCCCUGCCAGACCGUUAUACAUUGGAAUAGAGACUUAGUUUGUGAAAAAAGACUUAAAUGCGCUACUGAUAACGACGAUGAGAUUAACUUGACUCCUCUGAUACAAUCUACAAAUAAUUAUGUUGUGAAAAUCAAUGAUACAGAGUUUCACAUAAAUAUAUGUCGACCACUGGUUCCUACUCGUGGUCUUACAUGCACACAUGGUAGUGCAGCUUGCAAAAUUUCAGUAACUGCACAGGGUGAAUAUACUAAUGAAAUUAGUUUAGGAUUUCCCGUUGUCAGUCCUACAUUAAAUAAAGAUUUACGAACAACAUUACAUUAUUUGGGUGGAUCAGAAUGUCCAGACCAUCCAACUAAAUCAAUAUCUUCAAAUUUCACAUUUAUUUGUGAUGAUAACAACCAGAAACUUCCAGUUUAUAAAAGCUUUGUUGAUUGUACUUAUAUGUUUGAGUGGAAGACAAGCAUAGCAUGUGGAGCAGUGAUGGGAUCUUGGACGCCACCAUGUGCUAUAAAGGAUGGUUUUCUUUCACAUGAAUAUGAUCUUUCUUUGUUGCACAAGAAUCAACAGAUACAUUAUGUGAAAGGUAAACAAGGUAAAGAAUAUGGCAUAAGUAUUUGCGGUGGAGAGAAGUAUUGCAAUGGUUCUGCAGUGUGCCAUGAAAACAAUGGUUAUGGAUCGCUAGGAAGUGUGAUUUUCGACUAUAGCCGAAACGAUAUUAAACUUAAAUACACGAAUGGCAGUAAAUGUAACAAUAACUCCUAUUCGUCCGAGGUCAGAUUUAUAUGUGACGAAUCUAUGGGCGUCGGUACACCAAAGCUAUUAUUGGAAUCGCAAUGCAGCGUGGAAUUCGAGUGGUAUACCGAGGUGGUUUGCGCAAGGCAUGCCAAUUCCCAGAACAUUGGAGGUACACCGAUUCUUAGUCGAGAAGACUCCGACACCGUGAAAGGUGUCUCUAGUUACGCUAGAACAAUGCUGGGAGUCGGACUAAUAGUGAUCGUAUUGUUUACAACUUUGCUUUAUUUGCGUCAUUCGGAAACAAGAGCAUGUUUUCGUACCUGGACGAAUAUAUUUAGUUUCAGAAGAGGCGCAGGUCGUGUCCAGUAUUGUAGGGUCAACACUACUGAGGAAGCUAGGCUUCUGCUCGAUGUUUCCGAUCCUACCCAAUGUCAAACGGACAGCGACGACGAUCUUUUACAUGCAUAAUGACACGAUGUAAUUGUCAUUGUUUCAGAUCGAGAAUUAGCGUGUAAAUUAGUUACUGUGAAUUGUAUAUUAUUUUCAAUAUAUCUAUAUAGCGUCUUGAGAAAACAUGCGAUAUGAAAUAAAUUCAAUACAUUUUUCUGUGAUAAA